GUUUGCAACGUCACAAUGAGUGGAGCAGCUGCCGCGAUCAAUUUCAAGACAUUCAAGGAGCUGCUGAUUACACGUCGCGGUCACCUCUUAAUUAUCCAAUUCAAUCGACCUGAAGUGCAGAAUGCUCUGAGACGUCGCACCAUUUACGAGCUGUUGCGUGCUCUGGACAUUGCCAAUGCGGACUCCGAGAUCAGUGUCAUUGUGCUGACGGGCAACGAGGUGGCCUUCACAUCGGGCAAUGACUUGACCGAUCUUCUGGCGCUGCAGCGCCGUAAUGGGGAUCAGGCACUGGACGUACACUUUAAGGCCAGCAAUUUUGUGAUGACGGCGCUGGUCAAGAAGAUGCUGCUCAAUCGCAAGGUGCUGAUUGCAUUGGUUCAGGGCAAUUGUGUGGGAUUGGGCGUCAUCAUUGCUUCGCUAUGCGACAUUAUCUAUGCCACUGAAUCCGCACAGUUCUGGACACCCUUCUCCCAGCUGGGUCUGUGUGCCGAGGGUGGCGCCAGCUGGAUGCUGCCACAGAUCCUUGGACGCAGCAAGGCGUCCGAGCUGUUGUUGUUUGGAGAGCGCCUGGAUGCCCAGGCUGCACUGCAUCAUCGCAUGGUGGCGAGUUUGGUGACAAAUGUGCAGGACUUUUGGUCACGAAUGGAACAACAUGCCAAGCUGCCGUCCGUCUCCUUAAUGGCCACCAAGCGCCUCCUGUUGCAGCCCUGGCGACAAGCACUCCUCGAUGCACUCACAGAGGAGUGCUCCCAGCUGGACAAGCUGCGCCUCGGUCCCACCUAUCGCACCCAGAUAAUGGCCUUUGCCAGGCGAAAGAAGAUAAACAGCAAAUUGUAAAGCCGAUUUUAUAUAGUUCUAAGAUUCCUCCAACCAUAUCAAAAUACAGCAAAUAAACUUUUUAGAAAUUUAUCAAAA